AUGAAGGCGAGCCCCGCGGCAGCCGCCGCUGCCACGGCGACGGGGCCGGGGCUGGGGCCGGCGCCGACGGGGGGACCGCGGGAGCCUGAUGCACGCUGGAGGGAGAAGGGCGAAGCGGAGGCAGAGCGGCAGCGCACCCGGGAGCGACUGGAGGCCACGCUCGCCGGGCUGGGCGAACUGGAGUACCUGAGGCAGCGGCAGGAGCUGCUGGUGAAGAGUCUCCUGCUGCAGCGGCCGGCGGGUAGCGGGCCCGGAGCGCAGGGUGGCCGCGGGGAGCCGCCGGGCGAGGGACCGCCGCCGCGCAGCCUGGAGGAGAAGUUCCUGGAGGAGAACAUUCUCCUUCUGCGGAGGCAGCUGAACUGCUUGAGAAGGAGGGAUGCCGGCCUACUAAAUCAGUUGCAAGAGCUAGAUAAGCAAAUAAGUGAUCUCCGCCUGGACGUGGAGAAAACGACAGAUGAACACCUUGAGACAGACAGUCGUCCAAGUUCAGGGUUUUAUGAGCUGAGUGAUGGAGCUUCUGGAUCGCUCUCCAAUUCAUCUAACUCUGUCUUCAGUGAGUGUUUAUCCAGUUGCCAUUCUAGCACUUGCUUUUGCAGCCCUUUGGAGGCAACACUGAAUAUCUCAGAUGGACGCCCUAAAUCUGCAGAUCUCAUAGGCUGGAUGGACUAUAAUAAGGAAGGCCAGCAUGAGGACCAGACCGCAGGCUCUGUCUGUCGCUCUUUGUCCACACCGCACUCAAAUUCCCUCGAUGUCGUUGCAGAUGUACAUCCAAAGUACCAGUGUGAUCUGGUGUCUAAAAACGGGAACGAUGUCUACCGAUACCCCAGCCCACUCCACGCGGUCGCUGUGCAGAGUCCCAUGUUUCUUCUCCCUGUGGCUGAAAACCCCCAGCGAGAAGAAGAAAGGCUUGAUUGUGAUAUUAGUGACGUUUGUGCCGGAUCUGAAACGGACUCAGGAAAAUCCACUACCACCUUUCUCCCAGAAAGCUCCUGGCAGGCACCACGCCCUUCCACCAUCAAGAGGAUAGAUGGUUACAUCUUAAGCCUGGUUCAGAAAAAGACUCAUGCGGUAAGGACUAACAAACCGAGGACAAGUCUCAAUGCCGAUCCCACCAAAGGGAUCUUGAGGCAUGGAAGUAUGUGUGUCAGGCAGCCUGCAGGGGUGGUGGCUCAUGGUAACAUUGUGAACCUGAAGAGCUCCAAGCAAGCGUGCCUGCCUUCUGGUGGGACAGCUGCUGUGGACCACACAACACCCUCCCCAUUAAAGCAGAGGCCAAGGGAGGCAGCUGGUGAGCAGCUGGAUAGUAGGAAGGCAUCUUUGCCAGUGGCUUUCCCGCCUGGUACAACCAGCGAACUUCAGAGCAAGCACCUGCCCCGGGGUGUCAAACCGGCACCUCCUGAGCUCAGCCGCAGUGCAGUGGCCACAGUGGGGGAUGUCUCCAAGGAGAAUGGGCAGCUCUUUGCCACGUCUCCCAAAGAGAGCCCGGGCAAGCCUGUGGUGCUACAGCCGGAGAACAGGGUCAGUCAGGCUCCCAAAAAAGUCCUGCUGAAAAGCAGCUUGCAGGCAGCUCGCUCCUCAUCACCUGCUGUGGAAGAGAGGCCCACAUUGGAUUUCAAAAGUGAGGGCUCUUCUUCCCAGAGCCUGGAUGAUGGGUUGCUGGUGAAUGCCCAAUACAUACCAGCUCAGCAGCAAAGCGUGAAGCUUCACAAAGGAACCCGAAAUGUCAAGAUUUUGAAAAGCUCCAUGCUGAAGCACAGACCCCACCUUGCCAAUGGGUUGGAGAACAAUUCGCAGACCUUACGGGAGAAAGCCAAGCCCACCGGCAAGAAGUGCCGCUUUCCAGAUGAGUUGGAUACAAAUAAGAAACUGAAAAAACCCUCCUCGCGGGGUAAGAGAGGCAGUGGCUUGCAACCUGAGUCCGGCCUCCAGAGUCGGCAGGCUGGACUGCACAAGUCCACCAUCCGAUCCCAUGGGCAUGGCCGAGAGGUUGUGGUGGCCAAGCCUAAGCACAAGCGAGCCGACUACCGCCGGUGGAAGUCAUCAGCAGAGAUUUCCUAUGAGGAGGCCCUGCGGCGGGCGAGGAGGAACCGUCGAGAAGGUGUAGGGGUCUACUCACAAGUCCCCCUGCCCUACGUCAGCCCAUAUGCCUAUGUGGCCAGCGACUCGGAGUACUCAGCGGAGUGCGAGUCCUUGUUCCACUCCACCGUGGUGGACACAAGUGAGGAUGAGCAGAGCAACUACACGACAAACUGCUUUGGAGACAGCGAGUCGAGCCUGAGUGAGGUAGAGUUUGUAGGGGAGAGCACGACCACCAGUGACUCUGAUGAGAGCGGGGGCCUUAUUUGGUCUCAGUUUGUCCAGACGCUCCCCAUCCAAACAGUUACAGCACCAGAGCUGCAUGAAAAUGCAGCCAAGGCCUUUGUCAAAAUCAAGGCCUCCCAUAACCUCAAGAAGAAAAUCCUCCGCUUUCGGUCGGGUUCCCUGAAGCUCAUGACAACUGUCUAG